CUUUAUUUCGUAGUAUUUAACAAAAAUCAUAUUAUUAAAAUAUUAAUCUUACAGCAGCUACAGCAUUGAAAAAACUGAUUCAAGAUAAAAAAUUAUGAAAAAUCUGAAAAAAGAAUAUAACUUGGUCACCUUGGGGAUUUUUGGAAAACUAUUUAAAUUAGUUUUAGAUAAUUAGGUGGUGUAUCUAUCGUUUGCGUUUUAUCCAUUAACUACGGGACAACCUGUAUAUUUAAAACUAGUAGUGGUAUGAAGUUGUACUCUAUAUAUGGUAACAUUUCAAGUGUUGACGUUAUCAACAUCAAUUUAAAUUGACAUAUGAUUGACAGUGACAUUGUUCAUAUUUCUCUGUGACUUUAAAAAAAACUCUGACCAAUUACACAUGGACUUGUAUCGCACCCAAAUUCACCAACAAAAUUGUAUGUAAAUUUUCGAGGGGUACGAGGUAAACUCACACAUCAAAAAUAUCACCAAUAAAUAUAUUUUGUGUCCAACUACACAUACAAUACACACACUUGUAUUUUUAACUAACAUCGCAUCUACUCGUUACACAGAAAAUUCGAUUACUUGAUCAUUGUUUUGCUGUUCCGGUUGAAGAAUUGAUUAUUUUUAAAUAUUGUUUUUUUUAACAAAAAUUAAGUACAAAUAAAAGUUAAAACGCAAAUUCUUUCUUUGUAUUAGUUAACUACAAGUUGUUGGCCGCUUUUAAGUCAUUUAAUCCGCGAACCGACAUUAUAUAUUUUAAAGGAGCUCUUUACACGACGAAAACGAUUACAACAGUGAAACAUCGCUUGAUCUUUUUUUCUUCGCUUGAUCGAUAAGGGAUAACGGUGUACGUCAGUAUCCGUAUAUAUUUCGUCUAAGUAAUGAAAUUUUUAAAAAUAUUCAACCGAUGCCCAACACAAAUAAAGCCAGAGCCUACAGCCUAGAGGCUAGAACCAAUAUAUUCUGUGUCUGUGCUAGUCUAGAACUCAGAGCCGUACCUUAGAGGCUUAGACCGACUAAAGCUAUUAAAAAAAAUUAUGAAGCUGAAAAAUUAAAACAAAAAUAUUUUUGAAUGCUGCUGUAAAGUGCAAACUGCAAAGUAGAUUUUUCAUUUUAUUUACUUUUCCGCAGUUUACACAUCAACUGGAACGUGUAAUUUUCUUUUCGAAAUCCAUGCUGGAACCGAUUACCGAAUACGAAUAAACAUAUAGAAAAUUUUUGUCUACAAUGCCCCAAGUUUUUCAAGUGCUGAAAUGCUACAAAUGUUCCAUUUUCCAGGUACACCAAACAAAAAAGAGCAAUAAAUGGAAAUGUAAAGUUUGUGGUGAGAAGCAAUCAGUUAAAAGACACUAUGGUAUAGGCACUGCUAAAGACUGUAGAAUACACGUCCAAAAGCUAAAUAAUAUGCAAGGUAAUAUGGAAGAGCCAAAACUAACCACUACAGAUUCAGACAGUGCAGGUGAUAGUGAUGAUAGUAACACAGAUAAUACUAUUGAUGAAAUUAAAACAGAAAAUGUUAAAAACAUAACUCAACUAUCAACAAAUAACGCUAAAAAGGAAAGCAAAUGGUCAAAUUUUGUAGAAGAAGAAGAAAUCUUCACAGCUAAAGAGCCAGAGUUUAUUGACAAUGUAGAAGUAUGUUUAGAACUACCACGAAAACGUAGAAUAAACAGAAAACGCGACACAUUCAAAGUUCCAAAGUUACCCUCUAAUAAUGAUUGUAAUAAAAAGGCUGAGAUUAUCAAAGAUAUCAUUAAUUUAUCUAAUUCUUGCUAUGAGGAGUUGAAUAGCGUAAAUAAUAGAAAUUUCACAGAGUUACAGACAGACAAUAAUGAAAGUAGUAUGAAAGAGCAGUUUGAAUCAAACAGAAAGAAAAAUGAAGUUAUGAAUUUUCAAGUAAGUAAAACCUCUAAAUGGGCUCAAUAUGAAAAUAAUGAGACUAAUGAUCAUAAUACGAUUCUAGAAAAAGAUUUUGAUUCCUCAGAAGAUAAUAUACAAUAUUAUGAAGACACUGAAGAUGAAGCACAAAACAUUGUAUACAAUUCACAAAACAAUGAAUAUAAUGAUGAUGAGAAACUUGAAAAAGAUGGUUGCAUGAAUAGCCAAAAAACAGAAAAAGAUCUCUCUUCCAUUACUCCUAUAUUUUCAUUGUGUGAUGAUAAUGAAUUAGAUGAUAUUUUGGAUUUUUAAUUUAUACUUCUUAUUCCAAUAGUAGAAUAUGUUUUCAUCUUUUUAUCUAUUUUUUAAUUUAAUAGUCAUAAGCUAUCCUAAUCAACUUAAUAGUGAAUAAUUAUGACUGACAAUACAUUGUUCAACAGCAAAGAGGAAAUCUUGACCCAGUUGUAACUGAAAAUACAAGCAACAGCAAAGUUUUAUAAUUGACUUUGCAAUUGAACAUUAUAGUCACCUUAUACUAAAUAUGUUCUGACUUCGGAGUGAACCAUACAAAAAAAGUAACAAACAUACAAGGCAAAGAAAACAAUUAUUUACUCUUCAUAAUAAACUUCCACAAAGUUAACUAUUAUAGGUACAUACUAUUCCAAAGUUGUGUUACUACUAUUGAAUAUACUUUUGUGUAGGUACUAUUUUUGAAAGUGGUCAUAAAUUAAAACUAAUAUUGGGUUUAUCAAAA